AUGAACUACACCGCCCUGAAUGCAAAACGAGGCAAAAUCUUAAUGCAAAUAAAGACAACCGAGUAUGUGAGAUGGUCACCCAGAAUGAGAGGCGACCCCACCAACCGCAAGCCUAACAAGUAUUGUCACUUCCACCGUGACAUAGGCCACGACAUAGAAAGUUGCAAGAACUUGAAGGAUGGGAUUGAGGAACUGAUCCAUCACGACUACCUGAAGCAAUUCAUCAAGCAUGAUGAUAGAAGUCAACCUAUCGUCCAUCCAAUAGAAGUGCUAGAGUCAACCAGGAACCAGGAUCAGGAUCAACUACUUCGGGAUCCACCACCACCGGAGAGGCCUAUUCGCGAGGUGAUUAACAUGAUCACCAAAGGUUAUAACGYGGCGGUGAGGAACUCAGUCCGAGAGCUUGAGCAUGAAAACGAGAACUUGCCGAAGUACCCUUGUGUGGAGGAAGUCAUUUACUUCACUGAGGAUGACACAUGCAGGAUCCAAUAUCUACACGACGAUGCCCUUGUUGUCAAGAUGGUGAUCAAUGACUUCGAGGUAAAGUGGAUUUUGGUCGACUCCGGGAGCUCGACCAACAUUAUUUUCCUGGAGGCCUUUGAGAAGAUACAGUUGGAGAGGAAGGACUUGCAGCCAGCAGAUGUUCCACUCAUUGGCUUCAACGGAGACGUGGUGAGGGCCUUAGGUCAUAUCAAGGUGCCAGAGCCCAACACAAUCCGAUUUGAGUACACCUUCCUGGUGGUUGUGACCUCGUCCCCAUAUAAUGCUAUACUAGGUCGCCCAUCUUGCAUGCACUUCGUACGUGACGACCAACUAGAGUCACAUAAGUGCUUUGUUGUGGCAUUGAAGGGCAAGGGGAAGCUGGUGGACGACGUCGACUUGGAGCCACCCCCGAGAAUACAAAUGAGCGAGCUCGACCAAUGGAGGACACUGUCUUGGUCUUGGUCUUCAAUAUUGAGCCCGAGAAGACAGUCCAGAUCAAAGUUUGCCUAG